AUGGCUUGUUUGGAGAGAGGAUUGGGUUUUACUGUCUUGAGUGGAGAUGCUGAUUUUGGUUACCGGUUUGAGAGCUUCUGUAAUGCUCACCCAGGAGAUGGUAUUGAUAAAAUGGCUAUGAUCUUGUGGGGUGUUUGGGGAGCUAGAAAUGACUUGCUUUGGAAUAAAAAGCUUGCUUCUAUUGAAAGAGUUGUAUCUGCUGCAGUUACGUUCCUUGAACUUUGGAAAGUUGCUCAGUUGAAAAAUGGAGAUGUUUCGACAUCUAAUAGCCAUGCCUCGGCUGGUUUUGAGCUUUGGAGUAAACUAUCUUUGGGUGAGUUGAAGGUUAAUUGCGAUGCAGCUAUAUUUUCAAGAGAAAAGAGUCAUGGUUUUGGGUGGAUUGCUCGUGACUCGGCUGGGGUGCUUCUUAGUGCUGCUGUCGAGAAGAGAUUUGGUGGUGUCGACCCUGUGGUGGCUGAAGCAAUGUCAAUGAAGGAAGCUUAA